AAAUAGUAACCAUAGAUAUUAAUAAAGUGACCAAAUGACGACAAAAGUGACGCUUCGCCAUUCCUAAUAUGUCUAGUAAUAUUUCUCUUUUUAGUGACCAAAAACAUUUGGCGGGUGAAAUGGAAAGUGAACCCGACGAAGAAUCACAAGAUGCUCAAGUAAUAAAUGUAAUUCCUGUACAUUUUGAUGAGACAUACGAGGAACUCGGAGAGUCUUCGCCCCAAACUGCAGCUCCUGGAUCUGCCAAAGGAAAAUAUUAUAAGCAAACAUAUAGAAAAGCAUGGGAACAGAUGCCGGACUUUAAAGGAUGGUUAAGAGGUGUUCAAGGAGAGCCAACAAGAGCUUAUUGCAUGUACUGUGAAAAAACUUUACAUGCACACCGACUGAGUUUAUUAAAACAUACCUGCACAAUAAGACAUCAAAAAGCAGCACAAAUUCACAACAUACGUAAGAGUAAAAGUGACAAUUCUGACACCCAAGAAGAAAAUAAAAUAAAGCGAUAUCAAAUCGAAAACAUCCGACGAAAACAUAAUUACCUGCCUCUUAUAGUUGAAAUACUGAAGCUCUUGGCCAAAGAGGGAAAAUUGAUGCCUCUUUAUGAAAAGGCAAAGGAGAGGACAUUAAAAAAGAACAAACAAAAAUCUAAAACUUCUGCUACUUAAUUAUUCUUGGUGUUGUGCUUGUGGAACAGUUUUUGCAAACAAAAAUUAAUUUUUAAAAAACAAAAAAAGGAAAUAAACAAAUGCCUUUCAAAGGAUCUAAAAUAAA